CACAGGUGAUCCUGUCAGCCUCAGUGUGAAACUUGCCAUGAGGCGAUGUAGACCCUUGGUUUGCCUAGGGUUGGCAUUGGUGGCAGGGCCAUAUUGCUUCACUCAGCCCUUGUGGCAGUGGCUCUCUGAACGUGGCGGGGAUGGCUGCGUGGAAGGCCAAAAAGUCAAUGGUUUGCGAGGGCUGGCUGUGAACAAGCCGGUCAAGAAAGGGGAUGUUAUUUUGAAGGUCCCUCUGAAGUGGACAUUGGCAGAUGGCUGCAGCCCAGGAGCUGCUGAUGCUCCUGUGUCAGCCGGGCCAGCGUGGGCCAAGGACUUGCCUUGGAACGUCCAGCUUGCACUUGGAGUGCUGGAGCGGCGAUCUGAUCCUGAGUGGGCCACAUUUUUGAGUACUUGGCCUGAAGCCCUACUUCUUCCCAAAGACCUGGAAGAGGAGGAGCUGGAAGAAGCUCAAGAUGAAGACUUCGAAGUGAAGGCUGGUGGUACGUUCUUUUGGCUGGAAGAUCGCUAUGAGGAUGCGCGUGAAGCCUUUGAAGCCGCGACUUCUGACAACUUCCCCUGGAGCGAGGAGGACUUUCGCUGGGCAAUGGCCAAUGUGUGGAGUCGCUGUUUGCGCUUGGACUUGGGGAGUCAGAAACGGCGUUUGCUGGUGCCACUGUUGGAUUUGGGAAACCAUGAUUCCAACCCAUCCGCCAGCUUCGAGUUCCUGCCAUCUGAACAAGCUGUGUGCCUGGUGGCCUUGCGUGGGAUGGAAGCAAAGGAGCCCGUGACCUACAGCUAUGGGGAGCAUCCCAAUGAGCAUUUCCUUCUUUACUACGGCUUUGUGCCUACAGCGAAUCCAAAUGAUUUCCUGAACGUGACCUUCGCCAAGGCGCUGAGCUUUCUACCAGGCUAUGAUGCAUCCUUGGACCUCGAGGAGUUUGGCGGCGUGCUGCUGCGUCAAAAUGCUCCUGAAGUCUCUUUGCUGCAGGUGUUGCACGCAGUUCUUCGAGAAGCAGGCGAUGAUGAUGCAACUGCACAGGCACGUGUGCUCAGCGCAGUGGCACAAGUUUGCAGGGGCUUGGAGAAAGAGCACCCAACCACAGCAGAAGAGGAUGAGGCGAUUCUCAAGGAUCGGUCUGGCCUUGCAGCCGGUGUGGCACCACUCGUGGAGUGGCGCCUGAGCCGAAAGCUGCUACUGCGAAGCCUUCAGAAGCAGAUGGAGGAGUUGUCGGAGCUCAUGAUGAACGACCCCGACCUGGCCAGUAGAAAGCUCUCCGCCGCCGUGGCCGGACGCAGCUCACGCCGCUCAGCUCCGACAGGUGGGAGCUCGAAGAACUCGGAGGGCUCACUAUAAGAAAAGAUCGCUGGGCAUUCUGCAAGUUCCCUUCUA